AUAUUCUUCAUCUUCUUCUUCGUCUUCUCUGAAUCAAUUUCUUACGCUUCUUCUGGGAUAGGUCCCCCGCGAAAAAUUCCAUUCUUCAGAUCAUAGAUUUGCGUCUGAUCUAUAUAACAAACAAAAAAAAAAAAAAACUAAUCUAUUAUUCUAGCUUUUAUACCUGAUUCGAUCAAUUUCCGAGGUUUUUUUUGCUAAAUUUCGUGUACAUGAAGAAGGUGCUUCAAAGAGGUUUUAAGCCUGCAAAAUGCAAAACAGCUUUGCAAAUGGCGAAUUCACGCCUGAAGAUACUCAAGAACAAGAAGGAGAUUCAGAUUAAACAGCUGAGGAGAGAAUUAGCUCAAUUGCUCGAAUCUGGACAAACCCCUACUGCUAGGAUUCGGGUGGAACAUGUUGUUAGGGAAGAGAAGACAGUGGCGGCUUAUGAGCUCAUUGGAAUAUACUGUGAACUUCUUGUUGUUCGUUUAGGUGUUAUUGAAUCACAGAAAAAUUGCCCCAUUGAUCUGAAAGAAGCUGUCACAAGUGUCUUGUUUGCUUCCCAGAGGUUAUCAGAUGUUCCAGAGCUCUCAGAGAUCUUUAAGCAAUUCACAACCAAGUAUGGCAAGGAUUUUUCUACCUCUGCUGUUGAGUUGCGUCCGGAUUCUGGUGUUAGUCGCCUGUUGGUCGAAAAAUUGUCUGCCAAAGCCCCUGAUGGUCCAACAAAGGUCAAAAUUUUGAUGGCAAUCGCUGAGGAGCAUAAUGUCGUCUGGGAGGCACAAUCUUUCGUCGAAUCAGAUCCAAAAGAUACCGAGUUGUUGAAUGGAGCAAACUCGUUUCAGCCAGCGAGUAGUAUGAACAUGGAUUCAUCUAUAAACUCGAACAAGGAACAGCCUCCAAACAUCCAUGCUCCAGCUACUGUCAAUGCUCAUCAUGGAUCAAGUGAAAGACAUCAUUCCCCAGAGAACUCUUAUGCAAAUGGUGGAAGAUCUUCAAGCCGUAGUAAUAAUGUUACUUCUGGGAAGGCUGAUGACUACUAUCAUUCGAAAGCGAGACCUUCUCGAUCUAGGCCUGAUGAAGGAGAAUGUAGAAAUCCAAAUCAUGGCUAUGAGAAUUCAUCUUCAAGAAAUAAGCAGAAAUGGGAACCAGAAUUUGUUGAUUCCACAGACGCUGCACGUGCUGCUGCUGAAGCUGCUGAAAGAGCAAGUUUCGCUGCUAGAGCAGCUGCCGAACUUUCGAACAAAGAAAGGAUGACGAGGCAGGAUUCCACACAGUCGCAUAUAUCCUCUGCAUCUGUAAAUCUCAGAAACGAGCCUUCACAUCGACGUGACAGAUCGAAUGCACAAAGAGAAAGUUUUUCUGAAGAUCAUGUUUCGCCUCGACGAAAUGUUAGGAUGCAGUAUGAAGAUAUGGACAGAACCAGGCAAGACAGAUAUGAUAGGGCAGAACAGAUUCCUCCUGUAGAUCAGCCAUCAGGAAGACAUUCCGUGGAUAACUCGAGAAAUAACGGUUCCUUUGGUAGAGAGAAGCAGCCAAGCCAGGAUGAGACGGAUAUAAAUGUUGGUUACUCAGAAGAUGUUCACCUCAGGAAGCAGUCAAGUCGGGUUUCAUCACAUUCACAUUCAAGCAAUUAUUCUGAUGAGAAUGACCUUGGCUCAGAUUUUAUGAAGUCACCAAGCAUCGUGGAGGAAAACAUAUUUGCCACUGAAUAUGAUCACCAAUCUCAGAGCAGCUUUAAAGAUAUAGAUUCCCAUGAUCAUGGACAUGAUGAUGAUGCUGCAGCUACUGAUAAUUAUGAUGACUAUAGUUCAUUUUUUUAUCAACCUAAAUUUCAUGCGGAAGAUAAUCAUUAUCAAGAUGAAAUUGAUCAUGGUGUAGGAUUCUCAUUGCUUGGCAGCAAAACAUCUGCUUCAGCUGCUUCGUGGAGCUUCAAAGGAGAUCAUAGUAAGUCCCAUGGAAAACACAGCAGCUCGAGCUCACAAGUUUUCCAAGAGAACCCAAGUUCCCGAUUAUUUGAUGAUGUCUCUACAAGUCCUCCGGCUUCUUACCAUGAGCCUGACCCACAUGCCAAGUUUGACAAUUAUGGUCCAAACUCAGAAAGCGAUGGUGAUCAGCCUAUAGACAAAGUUUCUGGAGAUGUACAUGAGAGGGGGAAUCUGACAUCUGAUCGAUCUCACAAAUUUAAAGUCUCUGAUUCUGCUGGACACGAAGUUUUCCCUUUAGACACAGAAGAACACACAGAUAAUUCAAGGACACGGGAAGAAUCAGAUUCAGACUCAGAGCCUCAGCUUGGUCUGAGGCUUGGAGCUUUGGCCGGUGGAUUUAGGAACAAAAAGACACUCCCACCCUACAGAAUGAGUUCGGCAUCGUCCAAGGCUGAAAAGGAAUAUAUCCAAAUCGAUGAUUUUGGUCAGUCUAGCAGAAAAGAUCUUUACAGUAAGAAAGCAAGCAACACCGAGACAAGACCAAGUUUUAUGCCUCCUCAUCCAUCUUCUAGUGAUGAAGACGACUCAGACAUGCAACAUCCAGGAAGAACAGAAACAAAAUCAGAUUCCUUAUAUAGUCAUUCCCGUGUCAACCAUGAUGACUCGGAGGAAGAAAAACUCCCAACACGGUCUUCUUCAAGAAUUCAAGAGAGGAGUCAUAAGCCAUCAACAGGAAUAAGGGUUCAGAAGAGAACGAACUUCAAGAUGCCAGUUUCAGCAUCGUCUGAAGAUGAGGAAGAAGUCGAAAGAGAGGCUGCACGCAUCAAUGCCAAGCCAAAUAAAACAACCGGGUAUGGGUUCUCUCUAAGGACAAAGGGCCAAUCGAAAGCUAAUGAGAAACAUUCAUUACCAGUGACAACGAAGAAAACCGACAAAGAGUCUCAUGAUCAGCCAUCUCCAAGGACAGUAACUUCCAGCCAUGUUCCACAAACUGUAAAAUCACCCGAUCCAGACACCCCAUCCAGGGAGAGGGAGAGAGCUAGUCAUGUUCACCCCAACCUCCCAGAAUAUGACGAUAUCUUUGCAAGGCUCGGAGCGCUUCGUGCUCCCAGUCGACGCUGAAUCUGCUCAUCUUGUCCUUCUGUUCAUAUAUAUAUUCUUUCACACGGAAAACAGUUCCCCUCAUUCUUUACUCUGACUGAAUUUGAUAUUCUUACACGUUAUACAGAUUGAAGUAGUGGUGUGAUUCUGCUUGGUCUUGAUUGGUUUUCCUUGUCUUUUUUUUUUUUGUGUGGAUAAACAGAAUAGAAAAUAACUAUUUGCGAAGAGAAAGAUUUUAUAAUACCAUUCGAAAUGUUGUCAUAAUAGAAAUAAAUUUUGUUCUCU